AUGAAGUUUGGCACCACCCUGCGCAAUGCCGUGUACGAGCCGUGGAGGGAGUCGUACGUCGACUAUGCCAAGCUCAAGAAGCUGCUGAGAGAGGACGACUCGAGCAGAAAGGACGACACCUGGACCGACGAAGACGCUCAAGCCUUCUACGCCGAGCUGGUCAACUCGCAGCUCGAAAAGGUCACCAACUUCCACAAGUCGACCUACCAGAAGCUGCGCGACCGCACCGCCAAAUGCGAGUCCAAGCUGGACCCCAUCGCCAAAGCCGUCCAAGAUGCUGAAGCGCCCGCUACAUCCUAUGCCGGCGCCGCAAAGAAGCCCUCGCCCUCGGACGGCGAGAGGAAGCGCAUCCUGAAGGAAGUCCUCGAAGAGCUGGAUCUCAUCACCAAGGACAUCAACGAGCUGGAAAAGUACAGCCGCAUCAACUACACUGGCUUCCUCAAGAUCGCAAAGAAGCAUGACCGCAAGAGAGGUGGCCGCGUCUCGAGCAUCCGUCCUCUGGUCAAGUCCAGAAUGGCCGAUGUUCCCUUCAACAACGAGGACUACUCGCCCCUGCUCUACCGUCUAUCGGCCAUGUACUCGUUCGCUCGUCAGAACCUCGAAGGUCAGGACCGCCCUCUCUCGCUCGUCGAGUCUAUCGCUGGUGAAGAGAGCUACCUCACCCACAAGUUCUGGGUUCACAUGGACAACCUCCUCGAAGUCAAGACCAUCAUCCUCCGCCGUCUCCCCGUCCUCGUCUACAACCCUCAGACCGAGAAGAUCGCCGAGGGCUCCCAGCAAGACCCUUCCAUCACCUCCAUCUACUUCGACAACCCCGACUUCAAGCUCUACUCUAACAAGGUUGAGCACAAGACUGACGCCUCCAACCUUCGCUUGAGAUGGUACGGCAAGCUGUCGCAGAAGCCCGAAAUCAUGUUCGAGAAAAAGACCGUCAAGACCGAGAACACCAGCGCUGACGAGAGGUUCCCCAUCAAGGACAAGUACAUCCAACCCUUCAUCAAGGGCGACUACCACAUGGAGAAGGCCAUUGAGAAGCGUUCAUCUCGUCACGUCUCUGAAGAAGCUCUCUCGUCUUUCAAGAGAGGCAUUAACGACAUCCAAUCUUUCAUCAAGGACAACGACCUGCAACCCGUCAUUCGUGCCAACUACACCCGUACUGCCUUCCAGAUCCCUGGCGACGACAGAGUCAGAAUCUCUAUCGACACCAACCUCGCCUUCAUCAGGGAAGAUGCCAUUGAUGCUGACCGUCCCUGCCGCGACCCUGAAGACUGGCACCGUAGAGACAUUGAUGACGCCGAGAUGGAGUGGCCUUUCAAGUCCAUCCGCAAGGGUGAACUCGCCACCUUCCCUCACGCAGUGCUCGAGAUCAAGGUCAAGAACGACAAGAACUAUGAGUGGAUCGAUGACUUGAUGAACUCACACUUGGUCAAGGAGGCCCCUAAAUUCUCCAAGUUCGUUCACGGCGUGGCUUCCCUCUUCGAGGACAACGUCAACACCUUCCCCUUCUGGCUCUCAACGCUGGAGGAGGACAUCCGUCAAGACCCUGAGGCAGCCUUCGAGAAGGAGCAGGCCAAGAAGCAAAAGCAACAAGAGGAUGAGCUGGCCGUUGGCAGUCUUAUGAAGAGCAAGAGCCAUUCAUCAUACAAGCCUGGUGGUCUGUCACCUGUUGGCUCUCCUACAGACAAGAGCGGUAGUUACCUUGAUCGUCGCACUUCUCGCCAAAGCGCUAUGAAGGCAGGUGGCCAAUCGCUGGGCAGUCUCGCUCGCUCUCAGCCUACCGGCAUGGCAGCAGUCGCCGAUGAGCCGGAUUCUGACGAUGACGGUCGCCAGGCUCACAACACUGAAGUCCAGGCUACUACUCAAUCCGGUCUGCAGACCCUCUUCCCAUCCUUCUCAACUUCCAAGUAUGCACGCAACCGCCGCGAUCGCGACAUGCCUCUGCCUCCUGGCGUUCAGAAGCCUGAAUACUGGAUCAAGGACCAAGGCCCUGUCAAGGUUGAGGCCAAGGUCUGGCUUGCCAACCAGCGUACUUUCAUCAAGUGGCAGCACAUUACUGUCCUCCUCGCUUCCCUUGAGUCUAGGUCUUUCAACGCUGCUGGCGAGAACAACAACAUUGCCCGUGCACUCGCGCUCGUCUACACUCUCGCUGCAGUCUUCACUGGCGUCUGGGGCUGGGGUGUUUACCAAUGGCGAAGUCGUCUCAUCGAGCAGAGAAGCGGCAAGGACUUUGACGCCCUUACCGGUCCUGUCGUUGUCUGUGUUGGACUCUUCGUCGCUCUGAUCCUGAACUUCGCCUUCAAGUACCAGGAGAUGCGCCAUAAUGCCGAGCACCACCAUGGCCACCACUCCAACCAAACUCAUUCCAUCUUUACUAUGGACGAGCUGAAGUGA